AUGGAAGAUUCUGGUUACAUACAUAUGUCUAUAUUUGACACAAACAAUAAAUAUAAGAAUCUACAGGUUGAAUAUCAAGAAGCUGUGAAAACAGCGCAAGAGCAGAAACAAUUGAUUACCCAACUGGAAGAAGAUCUCAGAAGUGUCAAUGCUUUGUCAUCCAUGUUUAGAGGUACACCGGAAGGACAGAAUGUACUGACACCUGGUGGUGAGGCUGAAAUGGUAGCAGAGGUAGUGAAAGAUGUUGCAGCACCAGUUGCAAUCACCAUAGAUCCUGCCAGCAAAACAGCUGCUGAUUCCCUAUUGCCCAUAAUACAGAGUCAGCGAGAAAGGUACAGACUCAGAGCACAGGAGUUGGAAGCACAAACCCUUGGUCAACAACAGCAGGUAUCAUUACUCCAGAACGAAAUUGACAAGCUGAGGUCCGAUAAUGUAAAGUUGUAUGAGAAAAUCAGAUUCUUACAGAGUUACCCACAGAGUAAAACAACGAGGGAUGAUGGAACUGAACACAGAUAUGCAACACAUUAUGAGGAGAAACUGGACCCCUUUUCUAAAUUUAGCAGAACGGAAAAACAGAGGCGAUACAUGAAUCUCAAACCAUAUGAUAAGAUAACUCUAAGCAUGGUACUCUACAAGUUAGCCCACACAGAAUCUUGUAAACGAGACAUGGCUGCUGAUUGGCACGAAAAAUACGCAGAUCAUAUGAUGAAAGUUCAUGGACAUGCAGACAAACACGGAUAA